UUCUCAAAAACUACGCGAGUUUCUUCUCCGGGUGAAGUCUUUAACGACGACAGCAAAGCUUGUCGUUGUCAUCUUUGGCUGGUUUGCUUCAUUUACAAUCAUGGCGGGCUUCUAAGGACGUGAUUUCUAAUACGAAGACAACUCUGAUUCCGAUCUAACAGCAUUCGCUUAAACAAUCGAGGAAGAAAACGGUAUCAUUUCACGUCUUCAAUCAAGCCACUUCUUCGAUUUUGAUCUUUUUGUAUGGUGAAAAAAUGGCGAGAAUCCGAGACAGGACUGAGGAUUUCAAAGAUUCUGUGCGCCAGACGGCAGUUUCUCUUGGAUACAACGAGUCCAAAUUGGCCGCCAUUUUGGCUUCUUUUAUAAUCCAAAAACCUCGACAACGGUCACCGUUUAGUAAAGCUGCGGUCAAAACGCUUGAGAGCAUUGGCCAGUUGGAAAAGUUCUUGUUGAAGCACCGGAAGGAUUAUGUGGAUCUACACCGAACUACUGAACAUGAGAGGGAUAGCAUUGAACAUGAAGUCACUGCUUUUAUUAAAACAUGCAAAGAACAAAUUGAUAUACUUAAGAAUAACAUAAAUGAUGAGGAAGCAACCUCAAAAGGAUGGCUGGGGAUUAAGGCUGAUAGACCCAAUGCUGAUACCAUAGCGCAUAAACAUGGAGUGGUUCUGAUUUUAAGUGAGAAACUUCACUCAGUUACAUCUCAAUUUGAUCAGCUAAGAGCCAUACGCUUCCAAGAUGCUAUUAACAAAGCAAUACCGAGAAGAAAGCUUAAUCGGGCUGCAACUUCAAGUUCUACAGAGACCUCUAAAAUAAACCAUUCAGAUCUCAGGGAACCUGACGAAAUUCAACCUGAGCCUGUCAGAGUAAAACAGCAACUGCUAGACGAUGAAACUCGUGCCCUUCAGGUAGAGUUGACGAGUCUUCUAGAAAACGUCCAAGAAACUGAAACUAAAAUGGUGGAAAUGUCUGCAUUAAAUCACCUCAUGUCCACACAUGUUCUGCAACAAGCACAACAAAUCGAGUUUCUAUAUGACCAGGCUGUCGAAGCUACAAAGAACGUAGAGUACGGUAACAAGGAGUUGUCACAAGCUAUCCAGAGGAAUAGCAGUAGCAGAACCUUUCUUUUGCUGUUUCUGUUUGUACUUACUUUUUCGAUCCUCUUUCUUGAUUGGUACAGUUAAGUGGAUCAACUAUAAGUAUCACAUAAUUGUUAUGUAAUUUAACACACAAAGGAAAUUACUUUAUUUUCCUUGUGGUUUUGAAGUAGGAGGGGAGUAAAUAGAUUUACAUUUACGCAGAGUGACUCAGAAUCUUGUAUUUUCCAUUUAUUUGAAAAGUAAAAAUCUCAAGUUCAGUUCUGCUUUA